AUAACAAACAUUACGUACCGGUGCCACGCAUGCCACGCCAUCGAACUCCGAUCUAACCUCAAACGUCAAAUAUAAGUGGAAAAAAUGACUGCGUUAACAGUUAUUGGAAAAUUUUUGCAAGAGUACACGAAAAGUACGCCGAAGAAGCUUAAAAUAAUAGACGCUUAUCUGCUUUAUGUAUUUCUCACGGGCGUUAUACAAUUCAUAUAUUGUUGCCUCGUCGGCACAUUUCCCUUUAACAGUUUUCUUAGUGGAUUUAUUUCCUGUGUCUCGUGCUUUGUUCUAGGAGUUUGUUUGCGAUUACAAGUGAAUCCUCAAAACAAAAAUCAGUUUUAUGGAAUAAGCCCGGAGAGAGGAUUCGCAGAUUUUAUUUUUGCGCAUGUGAUUCUGCAUCUUGUGGUAAUGAAUUUCAUUGGUUGAAUUGAAAAUAACGUUUCGUUUGUACAACUGUUUAAUAAAAUAUUACAACAAUAACAUUA